AUGGGGAGCCACUGGAAGAUUUUAGCGGGGGAGAGGCAGGACAGAGUUCGAGACGGCAAGACAGGAGACAGUCGUGUUCACGCCGCCAACCCUAGUCCUCUCCCGGAGGAGCUCGACGGAAGCCCGAGCCUCCGCUCCCAGCCCUGCCCACCCCGGCGGGGGACCAGACAAGCCUCUCGGGCUGGGUCUAAUUUUGUCUUCAACUUGUACCAAAUCCGGAACAUGAAGGAUCUGGAGAUGGGCCCACCCUUCACCAUCAGUGCGGAUGGCGGCUCCAUGAAGUUCUCCAACAGGCUGGUCUGACGAGGGAAGCAGCAGCUUUCUGGAGCCCCAGAGACGUAGAGGUAUACAGGUGUGGCACCCACACCCAGACCUUUGCUCGUCAUGUACCAAUCAUCACCAGCACCCCUCCCUGUGCCUACUCCAGAGCUAACCAGCCCCACAGAUCAGCUGAUUUACUAAAAACCCUCAGCUGCACCCUUGUGAUGGGCUGUGAUUGUCCAAGGAACAACAUGGCACCAAUGACAGUGGGGUCUGCAAGACAGGUGCCCAGCGCAGGCAUGGCUAAGAGCAGAGGAAUGGCAGCCUGCUUUUCCUCUGGUUGGGCGAUCAUGAGGUGAGUAUUUUAACUGUAUAUUGGCUGCAGAGGAGCUUGGUGGUCUUCUCCAUACCUUUGAAUGAGAACUUGACCUAAGUGGGUCAUAGCACAAACGCUUUCGUAUCCGAAUCCUCAGCUCUGAGCCCUCACCCAGUGCCAGGCCUGCCUUGCCAACUGCUGGAGGAUCGUCUCCUUGGCUGACCUGUCAUAUCAACUCCAGAGCUCACCAUCUCCCCUUUUCCCCCAUGCCCAUGUCUCCCUUCCACGGCCAUAUUUCACUUUUCUCAUCAUCCACAUUGAAGUAUGAUUGGUACCUCUGAUUCCUGUUUCUCUCACUCCAGGUUGUCAUCAAGUCUUGCCAAUUCUCCCUUCACAUUGUCUUUUGAAUCUGUCACUUCUUCUCUUCCCACUGUCCCUGCUCAUUUAAUUGGAUUAUUGUUUAAGCCUCUGUCGUGGACUGAAUGUUUGUGGUCCCCCCAUUCAUAUGUCUCAUCUAACCCCUAAUGUGCUGGUAUUAGGAGGUGGGGCCUUUGUGAUUAGGGUUAGAUGAGGUUGUGAGAGAGGAGCCCUCACAGUGGAAAAAGUAUCCUUACAAGAAGAGGGAGAGAAACCAGAGCUCUCUACCACCCCUACCCCCAUCCCAUCCCACUAUGGAAGGAGAAGGAGAAGGGGCCAUCAUGAAUCUUUAGCCUCAUCUGCAAGUCAGGAAGAGAGCCCUCACCAAGAAAUGAACCUGCCAACACCUCUGGCCUCCAGAACAGUGAGAAAUAACUGUGGUGUUGUUGAAGCACGGUAUUUUGUUGUAGCAGCCUGAGCUGACUAAUACAACCUCCUGUUCAGUUUC